UCUUGUUAAAUUAAUUUUGUUUUUUAUCUAAAAUAUACAAUACGGAUACAAUGAAUAAAAUAGUAAAUGUUUAUAAGAUAAUGCCCAUUACUAAAAAAGACGUACUUAAUGUUUUAAAUUUGUUAAAAAACAAUUAUUUUCAUGAUGAACCUUUAAAUGCAAGUACUAUGUUAAUCGAAGAAAAUGCAUCGGUGAUACAACUUGAGAAUUAUUGCAAAUCAUACUUAGACAAAGGAAUAUCAUUAAUGGCGGUAUCAGAAGACGGCGUCGUUAUUGGUGCUAUUUUAAAUAAUAUAAUGCGUAGGAAUGACGUAAACAAUUGUAAUAACGAAAACUGUAAAGAAAGUCCAAAAUUUAAUGACAUUACAACUUUUUUGGACAAAGCUGAGCGAGAAGUCGACAUUUUUAAUCAAUACCCAAACGUGGAUCUCAUAAUGGAUAUGAAAAUAAUAACUGUAGAUAAAGCUUAUAGAGGACAUGGCAUUUGCAAAGCUCUCGUCGACAAAACGAAGGAGUUGGCAUUGGAACUAGGAUGUCAAAUGAUGUUUUUGGAGUGUUCCAGUUAUUUUACUGCAAAAACAGCAGAAGGAUUUGGAUUUAAACGUAUAUAUUUGCUGCCAUUUUUGAACUACGUGAACGAACAGGGUGAGAUAGUAUUCAAAACCCAGCCACCACAUACACAUUUUAGAAUUUAUGUAUUAGUCCUCUAAACAAUUUAAAUUAUUAAAAUUGUAAUUUAUUCAUUAAAAAAAAAAAAAAAAAAAUCAAUUAUAUCUAUAUGUAACAAUGUUAAUGCAUUGUAGAUUGAGUGUUGUCCUUUAUCCCCCGGCUUCUCCUUGUAUAUAUAUAUACAUAUGUAAAUAUAAAUUAGCAGUUGUUAAA